GUUGUUGUUUUUUUGCCCCUCUAUUCCAAAGUUAAGCUCGAUUCUUAACCGCACAAAUCGAUCUAGAUCGCGCGCGCACCAGCUGUUUUUGUUGUGCUUUUUUUUUUUGCUCUUCUAUCCCCCCCUCUGUCACCCUGUCGCUUCGAGAGUGUUUUAAGCGUGCGCGGCACAGACAGCGUUGCGUCGUCGUUCUCGACGGCCGUCCCCACGGUAUCGAAGUGCGCGAUCUCGAACGAGUGCUCAAAGUGCGCGCCUCCGGUUCAGUUCGAUGAGCAAACGCGGUCACGCAGUUUGUUCUUCACCAUUCGUAGUGUAUGAGUGGCGCGUGUGAUACCAGAACAGAACCCCGAAAUCGGACUACUUUGCGUAAACGCCCACGGUGUGCUGCUUGGUGUGUCGUUUGUUAAUGGAUUUUUAAUAUGGUCGCGUCCGCGAGCCGAGGCAUGCGAAAACGCUCAGCGGCUGCACGAGUGUGCGAGUGUUAGGAGUGGCGAUUCGAAUUGACAGUUACGAGAUGGUUUUGUCGGAGAUGAUGAUGAUGAUGACGACGGCGACGAUCGCAACAAAAACGACCACGCCGAUCAGGGUGAACCAGCAGUGAGUGAGUGCGUGAAUCAGUAGCGUCCAGGCUGUGGUGUAGUUCGGAGAUUUGCUAAAUUGCUACCGCACAACCAGAUGAAUCAGAAUGUAGCGAUGCAAAGUAACGGCCCAUUGUCUUGACACGUAUCUAGACAAGCAAGAAGCUUCAGAGCUCCAUAAAGGUCAAACAACGCUCGUGCAGUGAUAUAGUGCUAAACGGAGUGCAUCUGAUGUGUUUUAUAAGUGUAAUCUUCCAAAAUAUUGCUACCACCAUCAGAAAACGCCACCAUCUUGCGUGAAGUUGCAAUCACUCAUAUGUGUUUUGCGGUACAAAAGUACCACAUGCGGCAGUGUCGUCGUCGGAAGUGAAACGCGAAUGGGGCAGGGAGGACAAAUCUCUUGCAGAAAUCCCACACAAGUCUCAAUUAGCUGUAAGUGAUUAGCGCUUUCCGUGUAUUGCUACAAUCGUUUCAACACAACCGAGCAAAACCAGCAUCGUCACCAUCAUCAUCAGCACCAUCGAAAUUGACACCAACCAACAUGGUUUACGUCUCCACCCGUUCGACUACGCUAUGGAUGCUACUACUACUGCUACAGAACCUUGUCACAAUCAAAUCAUUCGAAGUGUACUGGAACAUACCGACCUUCAUGUGCAAUCAGUUUGGCUUCGAGUUUAGCAGUGUCAACCGGACGUACUCGGUCGUGCAAAACCGAAACGAUACCUUCCGUGGCAACGCCGUCUCGAUACUGUACGAUCCGGGCAAGUUCCCGGCUCUGCUCGAGAAACCGUCCACCAAAACGCUCUACAAGCGCAACGGUGGUGUGCCGCAGGAGGGCAACCUGACCGAGCAUCUGGAGAUAUUCGAGCGCCAUCUGGACGAGCUGAUACCGGAUCGCAAUUUCAGCGGUAUCGGCAUCAUCGACUUCGAGUCCUGGCGGCCCAUCUACCGGCAGAACUUUGGCUCGCUCCAACCGUACAAGGAUCUGUCGGUCAAGAUCGAACGCGAACGACACCCGUACUGGUCGGGCAACCAUCUCGAACGGGAGGCGACCCGUCGAUUCGAAGCAACAGGGCGCGAGUUUAUGGAGCAAACGUUACUGCUAGCGAAACAGCGACGACCCCAAGCGGCCUGGGGUUACUAUGCCUUUCCCUACUGCUUCAACAUGAACGGUGCGGCUAGCACUCGCUCGGAAAACUGUUCACCGGAAGUGCAGCGAGAAAACAACCGCAUCAUGUGGCUGUUCGAUGGAUCGGACAUCAUCUUCCCAUCGGUCUAUCUACGGGAAAAGCUAUCACCAAGCGAACGGGAGCAGCUAAUACGGGGACGCGUCCGAGAAGCCGUCCGGGUCGCGCAGCGCUCCAAGCCAAGGCGCAAAGUUUUGACCUAUCUACGCUAUGUUUACACCGACUCCAUUCAGUACCUGACGGAAAGCGAUUGGAUCAAUGCACUCGCAGCCAUGAAGAGUACCGGAUCCGAUGGUAUCAUUCUGUGGGGCAGUUCAUUCGAUCUUAACACACGGCAAAAAUGUAGCUCUUUUAAAGCGUACCUGGAUAGUACGCUCGGACCCGUGCUCAGCACGCUGCAACCGCGCUACAUAGUGAAAAACAUUCCAGAUACAUCGACCUGAACUACACUGUUAGGGCCAAAUUUUUAAAGUAGCUUUCUUUUGUCUUUGCCAAAUGAACCAACCAACCAAUCAACCGACCACCAGGGGAUCCAUCAACAAGAUACAGCAAGUGGUGUUCUACGCUUAAGCAGACUGUUCGAUUUCGUUAAGGAUUUUUAUACAAUAUUUUUUACUGUACGAUACAACGAAAUAAAUAUGCAUAAAAUGUGAAACAAACAAAAUA